CGACACUCAUCUUUGUCAGUGAACAAAAUGGCGUCUUACUGUUUGACUGUCACUAGGCUGCGGCUGGCCCUUGGAACCGGGGCAAGGCGUUUACAUGUCUCCGCAGCCUUCAGCGCCAAGGCCAAGGUGGCUAUGAGCCGCUUUGAGCCCGGCACCAGCAUUAACUAUGAGAAGAUGCAUGAGAACAUCAACAUUGUGCGCAGGAGGCUCAGCAGGCCUCUCACUCUGUCGGAGAAGAUUGUGUACGGUCACCUGGAUGAUCCAGCAGGGCAGGAUAUCGCUCGCGGCCGCACCUAUCUGCGCCUGCGUCCAGACCGCGUAGCUAUGCAGGACGCCACAGCUCAGAUGGCAAUGCUUCAGUUCAUCAGCAGUGGUCUGCCCAAGGUGGCGGUUCCCUCGACCAUCCACUGCGAUCAUCUGAUUGAGGCUCAAAUCGGAGGGCCUGAGGACUUGCAGAGGGCUAAGGAAGUAAACGAGGAAGUGUACAACUUUCUUUCCACUGCUGCUGCCAAAUAUGGAGUUGGCUUCUGGAAACCUGGAUCAGGGAUCAUCCAUCAGAUCAUCCUGGAGAAUUAUGCCUAUCCUGGAGUGAUGCUGAUUGGUACAGACUCCCACACUCCCAAUGGCGGUGGCCUGGGCUCCAUCUGUAUUGGAGUGGGUGGAGCUGAUGCCGUGGAUGUCAUGGCUGGAAUCCCUUGGGAGCUCAAGUGUCCUAAUGUGAUUGGAGUGAAGCUGAUAGGAAGCUUGUCUGGCUGGACCUCUCCGAAGGAUGUCAUUCUGAAGGUGGCUGGCAUCCUGACUGUGAAGGGCGGCACUGGAGCCAUUGUGGAGUAUCAUGGGCCUGGAGUUGACUCCAUCUCCUGCACAGGAAUGGCCACUAUCUGUAACAUGGGUGCUGAGAUUGGAGCCACCACGUCCGUGUUCCCCUACAACCACCGCAUGAAGACGUACAUGGAGAAAACUGGCCGUGGAGAGAUUGCCGCUGUGGCUGAUCAGUUCAGAGAAGACUUGGUCCCAGAUAAUGGCUGUGAAUACGACCAGGUCAUAGAGAUUAACCUGAGUGAGUUGAAGCCACACAUCAACGGGCCGUUCACCCCUGACCUGGCCCACCCUGUGUCUGAGAUCGGGGCUAUGGCUAAGAAGAGUGGCUGGCCCCUGGAGGUUAAAGUUGGUCUGAUCGGCAGCUGCACCAACUCAAGCUACGAGGACAUGGGCAGGGCGGCCUCUUUGGCCAAACAGGCUCUGGAUAAAGGUCUGAAGUGCAAGGCCCAGUUCACAGUCACUCCUGGUUCUGAGCAGAUCCGCGCCACUAUCGAGAGAGAUGGAUAUGCCAAGAUCCUGAGCGAUGUUGGUGGAAUCGUCCUCGCCAAUGCUUGUGGACCUUGCAUCGGACAGUGGGACAGGAAAGAUGUGAAAAAAGGAGAGAAGAAUACUAUCGUCACGUCCUACAACAGGAACUUCACUGCCAGGAAUGAUGCUAACCCAGCUACUCAUGCUUUUGUCACCUCUCCCGAGAUUGUCACUGCCAUGGCCAUCGCCGGGACCCUCGACUUCAACCCAGAGACAGACUACCUGACUGCUUCUAACGGAGAGAAGUUCAAGCUGGAGCCCCCCACCGGUGACGAGCUCCCUUCUAGAGACUUCGACCCGGGCCAGGACACCUACCAGCACCCCCCGGCCGAGAGCAGCUCAGUAAUGGUGAACGUGAGCCCCUCCAGCAACCGUCUGCAGCUGCUGGAGCCUUUCGACAGGUGGCAUGGAAAAGACAUGGAGGAGAUGAGGGUCCUCAUCAAGGUGAAGGGAAAGUGCACCACUGACCACAUCAGUGCUGCCGGGCCCUGGCUGAAAUUCCGUGGCCACCUGGACAACAUCUCCAACAACAUGCUGAUCGGUGCAGUCAACACUGACAAUGAUGCCAUCAACAAGGUGAAGAACCUGCUGACAGGAGAGUUCGGAGGUGUGCCUGAUGUGGCCCGCCACUACAAGGCCAAUGGAGUGAACUGGGUGGUGGUUGGAGACGAGAACUAUGGAGAAGGGUCUAGUAGAGAGCACGCUGCCCUGGAGCCAAGACACCUUGGAGGACGCGCAAUCAUCGUCAAGAGCUUUGCCAGAAUCCACGAGACCAACCUGAAGAAGCAGGGCCUGCUGCCUCUGACUUUUGCCGAACCCAAAGACUACGACAAAAUUCGCCCUGAUGACAAGAUUUCAAUCACUGGGUUGAAAUCCCUUGUUCCCGGCAAGCCCCUGACAGCAGUGAUCAAACACAGCGAUGGCAGCCAGGAGUCCAUCUCUCUAAACCACACCUUCAAUGAGACGCAGAUCGAGUGGUUCAAGGCUGGCUCCGCUCUCAACAGGAUGAAGGAGGUCCAGUAAUUAGUGGAGAGGAAGGAAGGCGGGGCCUGUAGUGGCCAAUGAGGGGCCUUGGCGUGGGUUAAGAAGGGGGAAAUGUAGGCCUAGAGAGGGGCUUCGCAGAAAGGAAGAGACGAUGUGAACGGUAGAUGGUAACCACACUUGUUGGUUUAGGGACAGCUGUAGUCAUACUCAGUAAAAAAAAAACACACACACACGGUCGCUGUACAGAUGAAAAGCGCACACACACGAGCACGUACA